UGCGCGUUGAGCGGGAACGGAAGCCUUGACAGCUCCAAGUGGGAAGAGGAGCGACGCCGGCGCAUGCGCGGUGGAGAGAGAGAGAGAGAGCGAGAGAGAGGGCGCUGAGAGGAUUCCCCAGUUGUCGCGCCGCCACUUCCAGCGCCGCCUCGGCCUCCUCCUCCUCCUCCUCGAGAUCCCCGGCCCCUGCUGAGGGGAGGCAGGAGCCGGCCGGACCGGCGGAGGGAACAUGUCCGGGCGCAACUUGAGCGGGAAGCUGUCCACGACGGAGCGCAUCGUGAAGGCCGUCCCCUUUCCCCCUACCCAGCGGCUCACCCUGAAAGAAGUCUUUGAGGACGGGAAACCCCGGUUGGAGGUCUUAAAAAACCACUUGGUGAAAGAAGGGCGCUUGGAAGAAGAUGCGGCACUCAAGAUCAUCAACGAUGGCGCUGCCAUUCUGCGGCAUGAAAAGACAAUGAUUGAAGUCGAGGCUCCAAUCACAGUGUGUGGUGACAUUCAUGGGCAAUUCUUUGACCUGAUGAAGUUGUUUGAAGUCGGAGGAUCACCCAAUAACACUCGCUACCUCUUCCUGGGAGACUACGUGGACAGAGGCUACUUCAGUAUAGAGUGCAUGCUUUAUUUGUGGAGCUUAAAGAUAAACCACCCCAAAACACUCUUCCUGCUCCGAGGGAACCACGAGUGCAGGCACCUCACAGAAUAUUUCACCUUUAAGCAGGAAUGUCGAAUCAAGUACUCGGAGCGGGUGUAUGAUGCAUGCAUGGAUACCUUUGACUGUCUCCCUCUCGCUGCCCUUUUGAACCAGCAGUUUUUGUGUGUGCACGGAGGGCUGUCUCCUGAAAUCACAUGUCUAGACGACAUUAGGAAAUUAGACAGGUUUAAGGAACCUCCGGCUUUUGGUCCAAUGUGUGAUCUGCUAUGGUCUGAUCCAUCAGAGGAUUAUGGCAACGAGAAGACACUGGAACACUUUACCCACAAUACCGUUCGAGGUUGCUCUUAUUUCUACAGUUACCCCGCGAUUUGUGAAUUUUUGCAAAACAAUAAUUUAUUAUCUGUGAUUCGAGCACACGAAGCCCAGGACGCUGGGUACCGAAUGUACAGAAAAAGCCAGACUACAGGUUUUCCAUCCCUAAUCACAAUCUUUUCUGCACCAAAUUAUCUAGAUGUCUAUAACAACAAAGCGGCUGUGCUGAAAUAUGAAAAUAAUGUCAUGAACAUCAGGCAGUUUAAUUGUUCCCCUCACCCCUACUGGCUUCCAAAUUUCAUGGAUGUUUUCACAUGGUCUUUGCCUUUUGUAGGGGAAAAAGUUACAGAGAUGCUGGUUAACAUCCUCAACAUCUGCUCUGACGACGAGCUUAUUACAGACGGAGAUGAAACAUUGGAUGAUAACUACAUUUCAAGCUAUCCGAAAGGAGGCACAAAUGCCCGCAAAGAGAUCAUCAGGAACAAGAUCAGGGCCAUUGGGAAGAUGGCACGAGUCUUUUCCGUUCUUCGGGAAGAGAGCGAGAGUGUGUUGACGCUCAAGGGCCUGACUCCCACAGGUACUCUUCCCAUGGGAGUGCUCUCAGGUGGAAAGCAGACUCUACAGACAGCCACAGUAGAAGCGGUAGAGGCACGGGAAGCCAUCCGUGGAUUUUCGCCGCAGCACAAGAUCCGUAGCUUCGAGGAAGCCCGAGGGCUGGACCGCGUGAACGAGCGCAUGCCGCCGCGCAAGGAUUCAAAGCACCCCGACGGGCCGGUGAACUUAACCUCCACAAACUCUGCCGAAAAGAAUGGGACAGGGAAGAAGACCCAGUAACGGUUCCAGGCCACCCAGUAAAGGAUCCAAAACUUAA